UCUUGGCGCGCGCACGCGCACCCGCCCCAAACAUGGCCGCCGCCUCGGGCCCGGCCGCCCGCCUGCGGGAGCCUGGGAAAUGAGAUUGAAAAUGACACCUCAGAAUAUUCCUGAGGAAGAACUAUCCUGUGACGUGGAAAUGGAAGGAUUUGCAAGAGAGGGUUCCCAUCUUUCCAUUCUAGGUAAUAAUCGGGACUGUAAGAACUGGGAGGGACAUUUGAGGCAGUCAGCUUUAACUCAGGAGAAACCAGGGACUCAGGAAAUAAUUUGUGAAUAUUCUGGACUUGGGGAGCGUUUGAGUGCAAGUUCAGACCUUCUGCCAUCUAAGAGAGUUCCUACAAAUGGUUUUCAUAUACGUGACUCAGAUGUUAAAAGUUUGGAUUGCAACCCAGCUUUACACAGUUGUGCAAAAAAUUAUGUAGCUAAGAGAAUUAGUGACAGUGAUGCUUGUGGAAGAGCCUUCGACCAUUCUGGCGAGGUUUUUCAACUUGGAAGAGAUCAAACAAGAGAGAAACCCUAUAAAUACCCUGAAAGUGUUAAAUCUUUCAAUCAUUUUACUCCUCUUGGUGAACCAAAAGUACUGAAAAAGGGGAAGAAACUGUAUGAAGGUAAGGAUUUGGGGGACAUCUUUACCCUGAGUUCAUCUCUUAAUGAAAACAGGAGGAGUCACCUUGGAGAGAAACUGUAUAAAUGCAGUGAAUGUGGCAAAUGCUUCAAACGGAACUCUUCUCUUGUUUUGCAUCACCGAACUCACACUGGAGAGAAACCUUAUACCUGUACUGAAUGUGGAAAAUCAUUCUCCAAAAACUACAACCUGAUUGUGCAUCAAAGAAUCCAUACAGGAGAGAAGCCCUAUAAAUGCAAUAAAUGUGGGAAAGCCUUCAGUGAUGGGUCAGCUCUCACACAACACCAGAGAAUUCACACUGGGGAAAAACCUUAUGAGUGUCUAGAAUGUGGGAAAACCUUCAACCGAAAUUCAUCACUGAUUUUGCAUCAAAGAACUCAUACAGGGGAAAAACCAUAUAGAUGUAAUGAGUGUGGGAAACCUUUCACUGACAUCUCCCACCUCACCGUGCAUCUCAGAAUCCACACUGGGGAGAAGCCCUAUGAAUGUAGCAAAUGCGGAAAGGCUUUCCGGGAUGGCUCGUACCUUACCCAGCAUGAGAGGACUCACACUGGAGAGAAGCCCUUUGAAUGUGUGGAGUGCGGGAAGUCCUUCAACCGAAACUCUCACCUCAUUGUGCAUCAAAAAAUUCACUCUGGGGAGAAACCCUAUGAAUGUAAAGAGUGUGGGAAAACUUUCAUUGAGAGUGCUUACCUUAUCAGGCACCAGAGGAUUCAUACUGGUGAGAAGCCCUAUGGCUGUAACCAGUGUCAGAAACUUUUCAGGAACAUUGCUGGCCUCAUCCGGCACCAGAGGACUCAUACUGGUGAGAAGCCCUAUGAGUGUAAUCAGUGUGGUAAAGCUUUCAGAGACAGUUCCUGUCUGACCAAGCACCAGAGAAUUCACACAAAGGAGACCCCAUACCAGUGUCCUGAAUGUGGAAAGUCCUUCAAGCAGAACUCUCACUUGGCGGUACAUCAGAGACUCCACAGCAGGGAGGGUCCCAGCCAGUGUCCUCAGUGUGGGAAAACGUUCAGAAGGAGCUCGUCCCUCAUCCGACAUCAAAGAAAACACUCUGGAGAGCAGCCCAUGGAAACAUAAUGAUUGUGGGCCACAUUCAUCUACUGACUGGCUCUCAAGAAGCUGUGUGAAGGAGGAAUGUCUUCAGAGGUGACUUUUCCCUGUCAGACAAUAAUGUUUUAAGCUAUUCAGUGAACUGAUGAAUGUGAGGCAUUCCUUAGCCAUACUAUUAAAUCUAUACAUUGAGGAACUCCUGGAGAAAACACAGGGUAGUAGUAAAUGUAGAAGAGGCUUCAGGAAUGAUGCAGCUAGUACCAAACAUAAUAGCACACACACUGGAAUGAAAUCUGUGGAUGUCAAGAAGGUACUCUGAAGAUGCAUCAGAGUGCUUAAACAAGAAAGAACCUAUGGAUGUGUUCAGUGUGUAAUCAGUCUGUGGAAUACUUUAAUGAGGAACAUCUGCCCCGUACAUAAGCAAACUUUUAUUAGGAUCAAGUGUAAUUAGAGGCAGGAGCUCUUACCGUCUACUCUGUAUCAACAAAGACAUCCUGGUGAUAGACCCCAUACAACACUCCACCCCACAGCAACCACAGAAUCGCAGUUAGAUUUUGCUGUUUGUAUGUAUUUCUAUGUUACAGCCUUGUCAGAUGUUCAGGAUUUAUUUCAGAAGGGGCAAGUAGGUGAGGAUGUUGCUUGUGAAUGAACAAUGAAAUUCUCCCUUUUAAUACUGGAGCAGGCUUGUACUAAGAUGGAAAGGGUUGCUGCUGAGAAAUGUGAUGCGUUGCUUUAGUUGUGGAAAUAAAAAUAGAACGAGUUCUUACAUUUCUGUUAUCAUUCCCCAUUGUUCAUCUAGUACACUACUAAUUUGUUCCAUGCAGUCAUGCCGAACCAUGAUUAUAAAGGUUUUGUUACCAUGUUGAAAAUGCUUAUAAUAUGGAAGGCAACAACAACAAUAAAAAAAGCAUAAAAUAGAAGGCUUGCUGUUACUACAGCCAUGUAAAGAUAUGUGCACAUACGGAUGUAGAUUGGAAAUUUGUCAUAGAGAAAUAAACAUGGCUUUCUUAGGGGCCUCCAUUCAUGUCUGAUUUUUUCUAUAGUAAAGUAUACAUUGUUGCUAUAAUAUUUUGAUAAGGAAUAAAAAGAGAAAGCCAAAAGGCAAA